AUGAACCACAGAGCCGCCACCAUGGAAAAUUAUUCCCUGCCUGUGGUCAUCAAAACUCUGCAACGCCUCCCCAUCCAGAGAGUGUUGGUGUCAGAUGGUGGUCCUAGUCCCAGGCAGAGUACAGUGUGGGUGAUGGUUCAGGUCCUGGAUGAAAAUGACAACAAGCCUACAUUUCCUGAGAAGGUCUACCAGAUCAAACUACCAGAGAGAGAGCGGAGAAAGAAGAGCGAACCCAUCUAUCGGGUAUUCGCCUAUGACCGUGAUGACGGGCCCAACAGCGACCUUUCCUACAGCAUUGUGGACGGCAACGAGGACGGGAAGUUCUUCAUUGACCCCAAGACUGCAGUUGUAUCUUCACGCAAAGCCUUCACUGCGGGGAGCUACGACAUCCUGACUAUCAAAGCGAUAGACAACGGCCGUCCUCAGAAGUCUUCCACAGCUCGUCUGCACAUUGAGUGGAUCCGCCGACCUCCUCCCUCGACUCUUCCACUGCUCUUCGAUGAGCCAGUCUACAAUUUCACUGUCAUGGAGAAUGACAAGGUGGCUGAGAUUGUUGGUGUGGUGUCCCUGCAGCAGAACUCUGCCCUCUUGUGGUUUGACAUCACAGUUUUCUCUGGACCCCUGCCCAAUGUGACCAGUGAUGACAUGUAUAGCCGCAUGUCGUCAUUCAACCGCUGGCUGUCGAUGGUUGUGGUCAAGAAACGAUGUGGGUCUCCUUGA